CCACAUCUGCCGCCAACCACAGUCGGUAAUGCAGCACUGGGCCUACUUUACCACAUACGAGCCACUCGAGCCCGUGGAGCCACGCCCGGUCCCAGCGCCCCGUUGCUCCCUGCUCCCUGCACCCUGCUCCCUGCACCCUGCUCCUCCUGCUGCUGCUGCUCCUGCUGCUACUGCUGCUGCUCCCACUGUGCUGUUGCUCCAGCUUUCCCUGCCACCGCCCGGCCUCAAGCGCCCAUGCACGGCACGGAAAUGAGCCUAGUCAAAAUCAAUCCUGGUGCUCGCUCGACGCGCCCAUCACUCCCCCAGAGCAAAAACUGUCCAAUGCCCACGCCGACCCGCUUGUUGUGCCAUCUUUUCGGUCGGGAGAUCUGCUUUCUGCAUUCCUUUCCCUCCACCACGCCGCACUUCGCUGCGCGCCUGUGCAUCCGCUCCUUUGCCUUCGUCUGCUUCUCAGCCUCACACACUCCUUAA